AUGAAGGUGGAAAUGGAGGAAACCAAAGCAGAGAUCAAGCAACAAACCAGAGUACAGAGCAAAUCAAAGUUCAAAUCAGCUGAGAAGAUGGAUAUGGAAGCGAUUCCGGCUGCUCAUAGCAUUAUGGCCUCAUCCUCCAUUAUGCCCCCACCUUCAUCUUCAUCUCACAAGUAUCAUGUUUUUUUGAGUUUUAGAGGGAAAGAUACGCGCAAAACUUUUACAGACCACCUCUACGAUGAUUUGGCGCAAGUUGGGAUUCAUACGUUUAGAGACGAUGAGAAGCUCCGAAAAGGCACGGAAAUCAGACCUGAACUGCUUCAAGCUAUUGAAGAUUCCAUGAUCUCCAUUGUCGUGUUUUCAAAAAAUUAUGGCUCGUCUAGCUGGUGUCUUGAUGAGCUUUUGAAGAUCCUCGAGUGCAGAGAGCAGCAUGGUCAACUAGUUAUUCCUAUUUUCUACGACGUUAAUCCUUCUGAGGUACGUAGACAAGCCGGUACAUUUGGUAAAGCGAUUGCUAAACACAAAAAACGUUAUGGGAAGGAGAAGGUCGCAAGGUGGAAAGCUGUUGUCACUGAAGCUGCAAAUUUAUCAGGAUGGGAUUUGCCAAACAUCGAGAACGGGUACUCUAACUUGCUCAUUUUUUUUUUUUUUUGGAUAAUGGGACAUACUAAGAUUAUAGUCCAAAAUAUAUCUAAUAGAUGUAGUUCCCAGAAUCAGUGGGGACCCAGGAUUCAGUGGCAUGAAGCAAAAUUCAACAAGAAACUAAUAGAAGAGGUCUUAAAAUUAGUAAAUCCCACAUGCAUGCACCUCCCAGGACUUGUAAUUGGGGCUAAUUCUCAUGUUGAGGGCGUGAUUUCUCUAUGCGACUUCUACUCAUCAGCUGGUGUCUGCAUGUUUGGAAUCUAUGGGAUGGCUGGCAUUGGCAAAACAACAGUUGCCAAAGCUGUCUACAAUCAAAUCCACAGGAGGUAUGAAGGUUUCUCCUUUGUGGCUCACGUAAGAGAGCGCUCGGAGAAUAACAUGCUUCACAACUUACAGGAACAACUUCUUUCAGAGGUUCUAAGAAAAGAGAACUUUAAAGUCCAUUAUAAUGUUGAUAUGGGAAAAUGCCUAAUCAAAGAAAGACUUGGUCAGAAGAAGGUCUUCAUUGUUCUUGAUGAUGUCGAUGACAUGAGUCAGAUAAAAGCAUUGGCGGAAAAGCGAAGCUGGUUCGGUUCAGGGAGCACAAUAAUUAUUACAACCAGAAGCGAGCAUUUGCUAGAUGAUGUUGGAGUAGACUAUAAGUACAAGGUAACAAGGUUGGAUGAUUUCUCUUCCAGGCGACUCUUUUGCUUUCAUGCUUUCAAGGAUUCUACUGUACCCGAAAAUUUGGAUCAUGAGUUGGUGAAAGACAUAGCACGUCUUGGUGGAGGGGUUCCUUUGGCACUCGAAGUUCUUGGCUCUCUUUUGCAUAAAAAGAAUGAUCAAAUAUGGAGAAGUACCUUUGAAAGCUUGAAAAAUCUUGUUCAUCAUAAUAGCAUUCACAAAGCACUCAAAAUAAGCUACGACUCACUUGAUGAGAACUCUAAGGAGAUUUUCCUUGACAUUGCGUGCUUUUUUAUUGGAGUCCAAGAAGAUUAUGCUAGUCUUGUAUUGACCGGCUGUGGUCGCUCUUUCAGCUUGGGAAAAGGAAUUUUGACUGGAAGAUGUUUACUCAAAAUUGAACAGAAUUAUUUGUGGAUGCACGAUUUGGUUCGAGAUAUGGCCAAAGAAAUUGUUCGUCAAGAGUCACUUAAAGAACCUCAUAUGCGCUCUAGAUUGUGGUUUCAUGAAGAUGUUCGUUAUGUGCUAGAAAAGAACAAGGGUAGUGAUCAGAUAGAAGGCAUCAGCGUCAUCCAUCCCAAAGUCAAAGAUAUAAUUGUGGACACAGAGGCCUUUUCAAGAAUGGAUAGGCUGAAAAUACUUCAAGCAAAAGGAAUGAAUCUUACUGGAAGCUUCAAAAAUGUGUUCGAGGAUCUGAGAUGGCUUAGCUGGCAGAAUUUCCCUUUGAAAUGUUUACCUACUGAUAGUCACCUAAGCAAGCUUGUGGCUCUGGACAUGCGAUAUAGCAACAUCACGGAAGCCUGGCAAUCCAACAUCAGGUCCCUGGAAAGCUUGAAACAUCUAAAUCUCAGUCAUUGUCAACGACUAAAGCGAACUCCCGACUUUUCUAGUGCGAUAAGUCUUGAGACACUAUUGUUUACAGGUUGCUCCGAGUUGGUUGAGGUUGAUUCAUCAAUAGGAAAAUUGGUGAAACUUGUUCGCUUAAAUCUGAAAGACUGCAUCAGCCUCAUGUAUCUACCAAGCAGCAUUUGCAAGCUAAAAUCACUUCAACAUUUAAAUAUGUCUGGCUGCUCAGGUCUACAACAGCUGCCUGCUGAUUUCGGACGUUUGACAAACCUAAGAAGCUUAUCGUUACAAGGAUGCAACAGAAGUUUAAAGGCUCAAUCUUGGCGGACUUCUAUAUUAUCUUAUGUACCAUGGGCAGGAAGUAGUUCAUCAUGUCCAGUGAGGUUGUUGCCACACUCGAUUUCCAAUUUAUGUCACUUGACGGAGCUCAAUCUCAAAGAUUGUAGGCUUUCAGAAGCAGAUAUUCCAACCAAUCUUGGGAGUUUAACCUCAUUGAAAUCCCUGGAUUUAGGAGGAAAUGAGUUUUACAGUCUCCCAUCAUCCCUCUUUUGCGACCUAUCUAAGCUACGUAGUCUUGUCCUGGAUAAUUGCAAGAAUCUUCAAAUGCUCUCACUACUUCCUCCUAAUCUGCUAGAGCUCCAUGCAACUGAUUGCUCAUCCAUUGAAAGCCUAGACAUGUCAAACUACAAGAUAUUGCCCGAGCUCUAUGUAUCUAAUUGCGACAGAUUGUCCGAGAUUAAGGGCAUGGAAACUAUCCAAAAUGUUGAAUAUGUUUGCAUGGAGAGCAGUAGUAAGGUGGCAAGCCGUUUCUGCAGUGAAAGUUUCUUCCAGCUGACUGGAGAAUGUGAUGAAGAUCUUCCUUCUGCGAGCUGCUUCUUCAUUGCAGGUAGCAAGGUUCCAGAAUGGUUCAGCAACCGAGACGAUGGACCUAAGAUUACCAUAACUAUGCCAUCAAACAUAGAACAUAAAUUCCAGGGAAUGAUCCUUUGGUGUGUCUACAGUUGUAGAUACUGGGGAAGUUUUGAAUAUGGUCCUGUCUUAGAGAUCAGUGAUCAAACAAAUGGGAUUACAUGGGUCCUCUGCUUCCCAACUAUUACUGUGAACCAUAACAAACGUUCCUGGGUAAGCUUUGUGCCAAGACAUUACUUUCGUCCUGCUUUGAAAGGCGCGGAAACAAUAACAUUUUCUUUCAGUAUCAGAGAGCAAGGAUUCAUAGGGUUACAAGUGAUAAAAUGUGGCGUUCAUCCAGCCUAUGCUGCUGCAGGAAGAGAAUUGCCAAAAAUUGAGGCUCGAGAUCCUCGGAGUAAUUUUGAGGAAAGGAGGAUCAUACCCUUGUGGAGACCAUCAUACAUUGUUGAGGUAGGCCAAGUUAUGAUGGCUGUUGGAACACUUACAAUACUAAAGUUGUAA